CGCACUGACGCACCGGUCAGUUUCUGUUUUGUAUUGCCUUAUUUAUACAACUAAAUCCGGAGAUUAAGAUAAUAUUAACCAAUGUUUAACCAAUGAAUAUGUGUUCGCCGUCUCUCUUCGUUCUCCUGGAGAGAGAGAGAGAGAGAGAGAGAGAGAGAGAGAGAGAGAGAGAGAGCGCGCGAGCAUAUGGGCGUGAAUUUUCCAGGCACCAGCUCCUCCAGGCUGAAUUGCAACUCCCAAAAUAGCAGCACUGCGAAUUCUGGAUCCUCUGAGAAAAAAAAAUGGCUGAAGUAGUUUCACCAAUAACUCGACAAGUAACUAAAGGAAGCCAGGAAAAUGUGACCUGUUUUGUGAAUAUUAAUCUCAGAGACGUCGAAGACUGUUUAAUUUACGACCGGCAUGGAGUUUCUCUUCCGUUCAAGACCCUAUACCAAGACAGGAAAUCGGUCAUAAUUUUUGUGCGGAAUUUCUUGUGCUACAGCUGUAAAGAGUAUGCUGAUGAUUUGGGAAAAAUACCCAGAGAAGUACUGGAGGAUGCUGAAAUUAGACUGGUCGUGAUAGGUCAGUCCGCUUAUCAUCACAUAAAGUCGUUCUGCUUGCUCACGGAGUAUCCUUAUGAAAUAUAUGUGGACCCAGAGAGGCGCAUUUACCAAAAGCUGGGGAUGAAGAGAGAGGAGACAUUCACAGACUCUGCACAGCCUAGUCCCCAUGUGAAGUCUGGCGUUUUUAUGGGCCAAAUCAAGACUAUAUGGAGAGCCAUGACUAGUCCUGCCUUUGAUUUUCAGGGUGACCUACAUCAACAAGGUGGAGCCAUCAUUGCAGGACCUGGCUCCAAAGUCCAUUUUUCCCAUCUUGACAUGAACCGCCUGGACCACAUGCCCAUCAACUGGCUCCUUCAGCUUGCAGGAGCUCAGAAAACGAUUGACUUCAGCGAUAAGCCGAAAAUCAUUCACAUCUAGUUAGGUGCCUGCCUGAAAGUUUCAUCCCACGUCACUGCUGUAAUCACACAUGGAGUGUAUAUACAAUCAGCUUCAAACUCUAAGACGACUAAAUGAGUUUCUGUUGCUUCUGUUGUGCAUUUGAACUCAACUUGAUUGACAAAUAGUACAUUACAAUGACUUUAUCAGCUUAACACACACCUCUCUCCUCUUCCCUCAACUGUCUUGGCUUUAAUAACAUCACUCAAACUGAAAGUGCAUGCGGCAAGUUUGUGCAAAAACCGAUAAGGCAUGUUUUCCUGGCAUGAUCUGAAAGUGUUCCAAAUAUCUUCUUGAGAAAUCAGUGAAUGCUUGGCCUUUGCAGUGUCCCCUUUAAAUGUUUAGCAGGGCUGAGGUCCAAUGACUGUGGAGGAAAAAGUCAAUGUCAGCCAACACUCUUUUUUUGUAGUCUUAUAUAGUUUUCAAGAAGUUCUUGCAAAACUUUGACAAAUAAGACAACACGUCUAAUUUGUCAUUCUCUUUGUCCAACUCUAUAGACAACCCUCCCAGAACUGAAUAUUUAUGUUCUGUUUGUCUUCUUAAAUACACCAUUAUGUUACAGACAGAAA